UUGUCCUUCUCACAGGAAAAGGAAACGUGUGACCUUAGUAUGGACAAUAGCACCAUUUAUGUCCGAGAAAGAGGCAAUCUUCGUCGUGUCAGCGACAUAGUUCUGGCACAGCCACGGCCAGUGUCAUCAUGCAGAAGGACAAAUCCGUUUGUGCUGAGAAAAGAGCACUUCAUAUUCACCUACAAUGCAGAGGGGAGUCUGAGAUACACCACAAAAUCUCUCUUUGACAUCACUCUUUUAUUCGUAGCUGACAACAUUCACCAUGUGGACUCUCUGGUGGGCUUCCCUGAACAAAUAGGAGACAGACUUUUUGCAGCCGCAGAGGAGAAUCGUGUUUUUUUAAACGCAGACGUUUCACCGAAAGCGCUGCAGUUAUUCAGCGAUGCAUAUGGGGAGAUGGUGCUCGGAUCCCUCUGCCUGAGAAAUAGAUUUCCACUCUUGCAUGAGAGGAUGGAUGAAAUAAAAACAUUUCAUAGCCUGAAGUCUCUGGAUCUGUUUGGCUGCAGACUUGGUGAUGAUCAUGAGAUAUUCCUGCAUCUAACAUCCAGCCCACUGGCAAGCCUAAUUCAGCUUUUCAUUGGUGGUAACAGUCUGUCAGAUGUCGGCCUACAAAGAUUGACUGCACCUAUCCGAAUGAUGAGGAAGGGACUGGGCUGUCUUCAGUUCCUUGAUGUUUCCUAUAACCCUAUCUCAGAGAGGGCUCUCAGAUACCUCACAUGCCUCCCCAAACUUGAAAAACUUGAUAUUUCUGGGACCAGUUUGAAGCUUGGCACGGCAUUGAAGACGAACAUAAGGGACCUGUUGGGGCUCAUAUAUUCCGAGAAACCACUUGACGCUUUAGAUCACUCGAGAUGUAAAACACAAGGUUGGGCAGAGCAGGUUGUAAACCAGUGGGAAACAAAUAGCUCACAAAUGCUAAAACAGAAGAAAAUUGACGAAUCCAGAACAUCAGCACUUCGCUUUUUUGGCAGGCAGAAGUUUGUCAGAGAUGUACUGAAUGCGGCACCCUUGGUAUGCGGGAGCGAGGAAGAGGCCAAGACAGAGAGACUGCAUUUCUACAGACCUGCAGCAAACAGUCACAUACCAGAGAAACAGACUCCUUCCACAGCAGCUACCCAAGCGAUGCCUUCCUGGAUCAACGUCAAAAAAAGGCAGCGUCCGUCAGAGAGGUGUGACAGUCUACAUCAGGACCGCCCAACAAAACGUUUAUCCUCACCAUCUCUUACUGCGGAGGACAUAGACUUGUUGAACAGCUAUUGAGGAAGCAUUCCACAAAGAGUAGAGAGAAGCACAAGCAUGUCAAGUUAUCAGGCAACAUUUUUCCAAGAUGAUUGACACUGGUGAACUGUAAACACAUUUCCUUGGAGGCAGGUGGUGUCAUUUAUAUAUUUUUACAAAUAAAGUUUAGUAUUUUGUAUGUGU